AUCUUCGAAGAUGACCUUGUGUGUCGCGGCAACAGAAAUCACGACGACGUAAAAUUGGCGCGAAAAACAUAUGCGAAAAACACUUAGAAACACACGAAAAGUUGAACUCGCGAUGUUGGAGCUACCUAAUAUUUAUUUUCAGGAGCCAGGAUGCGUACAUUCAUUGAUGUAUAGCAGACCGAAUGUCUCUCAUUGCAACCAAUUACUUCCUAAUCAUUCGACAAAGAGUGUUUAAGGCUCUGCGUAAUUUUACUAUUACCUUACUCUUUUAUCAGCAAGAAUGUCGUCGAGAUCUUUUAUUUCUAUGAGCUAAACCAUGCGGUCUUUAUUGGGAUAUAUCUGACGAAGCAGCUCUUUGAGUUUUCCGAACUUCUUAUAUUCAAAAGGAAACUGAUGGAAUCGAUGAAAAGGAACGUUUCAUCGGAGAAUCAACCAAGAGAACAGAAUGGAAAAGGCAAAUGUCAGAGUUGUAGUACCGGUGAUAUUCAAGAGAAAAUGAAGAAAGUGGAUGUGAAAACGUCUUCGCCUACCAGUCUAUUGGCCAAAAAUACUUUAAUGUUACCUACUGGAGUCAUUAGACCCGAGCGAGUGCAAGCGAGCGCAGAAACCAAAACAAUGUCCUCGUCCGGAUCUGCUACUGGAAACCCACGAAAUAAGACAGCCUUAGCACCGGGGCAUAGUCUGAUGGAUUGGAUCCGUCUGGGUAACUCGGGAGUCGAUUUAACCGGAGUCGGUGGUGUACCACGUGUUGUAACAUUAUCUGAACUUGCUAAUCAUAAUAAGCAAACUGAUGCUUGGAUCGCGAUACGUGGAGUAGUAUUCAAUGUUACGCGUUAUAUGGAUUUCCAUCCGGGAGGAGUCGACGAAUUGAUGAGAGGUGUUGGGAAGGAUGCUACGAAGUUAUUCGAAAACGUUCACGCUUGGGUGAAUUAUCAGAGCAUUCUACAAAAAUGCGUCGUUGGCAGAUUAAGUCGCGGUGCUUCUUCCACGUCGAGCACUUCUUCCAUAACGGAAAAGUCGGUUUCGAGUGCGAACAACCGUUCGUCCGUAACGUUAGAUCUAAGCAAAAGUUCCACUGCACAAAAGAUAGCUGAAGAAAAUUCUACAGAUUCAUUAAAUAUAAAUAUAAAUAUGGAUUGGCGGCAAACAUCUAACUCCAUCACACUCUUUUAUCAAACUAUACGCAAUUUCCCUGGAGUAUAUUAUCAAUUGCAAAGGUUAAGUGAUUCAAAGCUUAUUUUCAAGCUCACUUUCGAAAAGUUCAUUAUUAUCGAUGAGCUUGAAUUAAUUGCAGAUGUGGAAUGGCCGCCAAUUUGUAAAAGGGAUUUCGACGUAAUGCAGGUAGAUUUUACGUUCACAAAAAAAAUUAAAGAUAUUUGGAAAUCUCAGGGGAACCAUACAUUAUCGCGAGAAUCAUGCACGAACAAACGCACGUAUAGAGAGUACAAAGUACUCAGUAAUACACCCCUUAGUAAAUUAGUUAAUUUAUUAGUCUUGUGUGCGACAGAUUUUUUAGAAUUAAUUCCCAUUGGUAGAUACGUAGAAGUUAAAAUGAAUGUAAUGGGAAUGGAAGUAUCAAGGUCAUAUACGCCUGUCCCACCGUGCCUUCAUCCUGAAGAUAUGGCGCCAAAUUACAAGCCAGAUUGUAUUUGCUUAAUGAUAAAACGAUAUUCGAAUGGCGCACUCAGUCCGUCCAUCACCAAAUUACAACCUGGCCAAACCCUUACAAUGAGCAAUGGUUUAGGUGCCUUUGUAACCGAAUCUUUCGAUCGGUAUCCUGUCAUUCAUAUGCUGGCAGGUGGAACGGGUUUAACCGUAAUGUUAGGAAUAAUUCAGCGAGCAUUAGCAAGGCGCAGCGUAACAUUAAUCAAUCUUCUAAACUUCAAUAAGGACGAAGACAAUAUGUUUUAUGUGGCACAACUUGACAAAGUGUCUGCAGAGAAGAAAUUCAAGGUUACGCAUAUCCUUUCACAAGCAAGAGAUAAGUGGGAGGGUAGACACGGUUCUGUAUCAGAUGAAUUGUUGAAGGAAUUAGUUGGCGAGUGUUCAUCCGAGGGAUGUGUAUUUACAUGUGGACCAAAAGGAUUUAUGCUAUCUGCAAAAAAGUGUAUUCAGAGACUUGGUUGGAAACCUCAUCAAACAUAUGAAUUCGACGAUUAAUCGUCUUGAAAGUAUAUAUGCCGAAUAUGUGUUUUCUUUCUUUCUAGAGAGGCCUAAUAAAAAGAAAUCCUGUACCUGUUGAAUCAUAUUU